AAGUCUACGUGGGGAAGAAAGGUUGGUUUGACUGCGUUUGAGCACCUUCCACAGUAGCAGCGCCGGUGUCCAAUCCAGGACUGCUCCGUCCCCCCGGUCCAGCCAGUCUUCCUCCUCCUCUCGUGAGACAAAUGGAAGCGUUCUGUCGCACCCGGAGCGUAUAAAUGAGCCGCGGAGCGGACGGGCGGCUGUAAUGCUGCGCCGGGCGCGGCAGUCUCUCCGGCAGGUGCUGCUUCUGAUGGCCCGGAGACCGGAUCUGCUCUGCGGGGCUCUCGUGCUCAGCGUCCUGCUCGUGCUGGCGGUCAAGUUCACGUGCAGGUGGAGCGCCUCAGGAGCAUGGCUGAGGUGUCUCUUAUUUUCUUCUACGCUCCGUGGUGUGCCCACUCCAUGGCUGCUCGACAGGAAGUACAGCAGGUGGCGAAGAAGCUGGCUAAACAGGUGCAGUUUGUGGCUGUUAACUGCUGGUGGAGUCAGGGCAAAUGCAGGAAGCAGAACCGUUUCUUUCAGUACCCCGUCAUCCACCUGUUUUACAGAAGGUUUGGGCCAAUAGGGUACAAAGGUCCCUUUAUGGCUUCAUACAUUGAAAGUUUCAUCCUCCGAGUCAUCACACCUCUGACUUACCUCCCAUCCAGAGCGCAGCUUGAAGAGUUCCUCUCAUGUCACGAGCCUCGAGUGGUGGGUUUCUUCCAGUUUAAUUCCUCUCCACAGCCACCGGGGUAUAUCACAUAUUUGUCCUCUGCUCUACAGGCCCUUAGAAGGGAUUUUCGUGGAGUUGUGCGCUUUGGAAUUGUGACUAACAAGCAAGUGGCAGAAACUAUCUCAGUUAGCGAGGAUGAAACCAUUUAUCUGCACAGAAGAUUUAACUCCUCCUUGAUAUUCCCUAGAAAGGAAAGAAACUUCACAUCRAACGCCAUCUGUAGCUGGGUGUUUGAACAUCGUGAGACCAUCCUCCAGUGGCUGCAGCCUCCUGGAACAAAGUCCCAUCUUCUGGAGCAGGAGCUGACUAAAGGCCCAGCUCUCCUUCUGUUUGUGCCACACAAUCCACUGGGCUCUCAACCAAACCCCAUACUACAGCAGAUUGGAGAAAUUGCUCUGCGUUACCAUUCCUGCGACCGCUCCAACUUGGACAACAGUUUCACCUCUCACUCCGUGUGCUGCCAGUCAGUUGUUCCCGCAGAGAUGACUACAAGCGUGUGUGAGGUGUGCCUGAACGUGUCUGGACCGAGCCUCCCUGCCUCCCAUAUUCGCUGCUCGUUUCCUUCCAUCACACAGAAAGGAGACGUGUUUCAGACUAUUAUCAAACACUGCUGCCUCCAUCAACUACCUUCUUCCAUCUCUAUAAACGCUGCGACCUCAGUGGUCUGUUGCAGUUUCCUGAACAGCUACAGUCCCUUUACUCUAUUCAGUGCCUGCUGCAAAAAAGCAGAACCUCAUCUCAAUGAAUCACAAGCCAAAGAAGAGCCAGAYGUGCAAAGAGACGUCCCACCUUCUUCCCCCAUCCCUCCGUCCUCARCUCCCCAGCAGGAGGAGGACAGCAUCACAGGGCUGCGCUGUCAGACGAACAGGACGCUCAGAUUUUAUGUUCUGGAUGUGGCUCUGAACUGGCCUCUGGCAGUGAGGCUCGGAGCGUCCAGCAUCAGGAACGCUUCUCUGCAUCAGGGGUCUUCAGCCCAGUCUGAUGGGAGUGGCGAUGGAUCUUUUGCAGCUAUCGUGAACCUGAAGGACGAGGUUCAUUAUGUUCUUCAUCGCAGCCCAGCGACAACGCUGACUGAGUCUCUGGAGGCCUUCAUCAGGAACUUCAGUGCUCCGUACAGCCUCCUACAAAGACAUUUGGUUGGGGAGGAGGAGAGGAAGGGAGGUGAAGAAGUCGCCAAGCAUCCAGCUGAACAGUCCUCGCCUCCUCCUCGCCUCCUCAUCACAGAGUUGACCACCUCCUCCUUCCUGCCUUCCAUCAUGGAUCCGCAAAAGGAUGUGCUGCUGUUCUACUACACUCAGUGGUGCGGAUUCUGCUCCGUCCUGAAUCACGUCCUCAUCCAGCUGGCCCGGUUAUUCCAGGGAAACGGCAGCAUCACUGUGGCCAGGGUGAACGUCGCACGUAACGACCUCCCCUGGGAGUUCAUGGUGGAUCACGUUCCCUCCAUUCUUCUGUUUCCCAGGUUCAGAAAGCACCUGAGUGUGAACUUUCCCUCCGACCUCCCCAUCACGUUACCCAACCUCCUCCGCUUCAUCCUGCAGCACUCCAGCACCUUGCGCCCCGAGGACAAACCGUUGGCUGAAGCGCGGGAAGCGGGACCCGGCUCUGUCCACCGCUCAGAAUUCCUGGCACUCCAGCGAGAGGUUCAGACUCUGCACCUCGCCCGCGAACGCCUCUCCCAGCAGCUGGCGCAGCUGUGGCGCGAUUACCGACGGCUGAAGUUUGACAAGCGCAGCCUGGAGGAGAGUUUGGAGAAGCAGCUCCGGGAGAAGAGCCGGCAGCUGGCCGAAGCUUUGAGGCGGCUGCAGGAGCUGGCAGACACUUCUGAGACGCUGCUGAGCGAGAACCAGCUGCUCAGGGUCCUGCUGAGGGCGCUGAAGGACAGGACAGAGGCUGGAGAGAUGGCCGAAGAGGAGAGGACUGAGGCGGAACAGACAAGAGGUCGUGUGGCUUCAUGAGGACAAGCGUGCAGGGAACCCAAGCAGUGACUCGGGGAAGGAACAAAGAAACAGAAGCAGCAUCUGGAAAUGAAGGAAUGAGGAAAAAAACUGCAAUUAGAUGUGAAAAUCCUAAAGUAAGCCAAUAAUUCUUUAGAAUAAAGAGGAGAGCCUGCUGACUGGUGGUUAACAUGUUCUGGGCUCAUGAAUGGAUAAAAUACUACAAAGUGCUUUAAGCCUCUUGACUCAUGGAAACACACUUGUUUGGCAAUUCAGUUUGACGUAUUCAUUCAUUCAUUCUGCGUCUGCCGAGGUCUUACGUCUGGCUUCAGAACACCAACACCACAGUCCAACACUAAAAGGCGAAAAUAUGAAGCCAACAGACAACUUCAGUUUGUUUCAUCCAUUUGUCAGCACUGAUUUCUUUUUGUACAAGUCUACUGAUCAUUUACAAAAAUUCCAAAAUUGUGCCAUAAGUCGGGUUACUUUUAAGUUCCUGUUUUCAUUCGUUGUAACUAAAAAUGAAUUUAGAAGUGAAGUGGGAUGUUUUACUUUGAGUAUUUAAAGGAGAAAUUGCCAAGGAAACAAUUAUUACAUUUAACUAAAAACUGUGGAACAAAAUAUAUUUUUUUCUUUUUGCAGGAGUUAAUGAAGGACUUUGACAUUUUUUUUUGUUAAAGAAAACAAACAUAUCAAAUAUGCUCCCGCUCAGUAGUUAAACAUUUGCUGUUAUUUUUUUUAAAUCAGUUUGUUUUGAAAAAAGUGUACACAUAAUCUUUCACUUGUUCUUUCCAGCUUCAUUGGGAACUCACUAAUUUCCUGUAAAAUGCUAAAGAGGGUAACUAAUAAAGCUGAAGUGUGGCACCUGAUUUAUUUUUAGAUUGUUUUAUGUUACAAUGAGCUUAAGAACACUUGAAAUUUUGUUUGUUUUGAAGGGGUUAUAAUGGGUUUGUUACACUGAUCUAGUUUCUACAUAAAAUGUUUCUAUGUGACUAUUCAGGUAUUACAUUUGAGAUGCUGCAGUUGUUUACACGUGAAGUAUUGCACCGGUUUUUACUGAUUAAAAAAAUCUUUGAAUCUUU